GUUUUUUUCACCCCUUUGCCGCCCGCCCUCGGCCCGCCCUCUCCUUCCCUCCCCGGCUUUGCCUUCCCCUUCCUGGGGGCCGGCGCUGGGCUGCGGUCCCGCAAUGCCGCCCCGUUCGUCCUGAACCCCUUCCCAGCCCGCCCGGCCCCGAGACCGCGGAGCAACGCGGGGUAGGGCCGGGCGGGCGCUAUGGCCUGAGGGGACGGAGCGGAGCGGAGCAGAACGAACCCUGACCAUGGGCGAGCGGCGGGAGGAGGCGGCCCGAGGGCCGGGAGCGGGUUUACACCCAGAGUUCAAAGAGUCAAGUUCCCUGUUGCAGACAGCGGUUUCGGUGCUGCAGAGUUCCUACUUGGACUCGACAUCUCAGGAUGGUUUUUGGUACAGCCAAGCGAUUCUGGUGGAAAAUGAUGUUUUUCUGAACGAGCUCAAAGCUUUUGUCCAAGCAAAGGAAGCCGCCGGAUACAGCCAAGAGGAGCUUGAGGAGACCUUUGCAUUUCUCCUGUUUGACAACGAAGAAGAGGCAAAAGAGGUGUGUCAGACCGGCCUCCGCGUGAACAGCAGUUCCAUUUCCAUGCUUGGUGACCCAGCGAAAGGCGUGUAUAUUUCCAAGUAUGCGGACUGCCUUCAUCCAAGGCCUUGGUAUCAUGGAAAGUCGGGCUUUAUUGUCAUUUGUAAGCUAGUUAAGGGGAAGGUCAAGGUGGUAUCUGAGAAUUACACGACCAGCUAUACCUGCCCAUCUCCUGGCUAUGACUGCCACGUUGCCAUGAGCAGGAACAUCAUCUCGUCAAAGAGCAGCCCCUGCCAAGCCUUUGAGCAGAACCAGUACUAUGUGUAUGAAGUGUCCGACGGCAGCACCGCAGAGCGCCCCAGGCAGAUCUGCCCAUACAUAGUCAUCUCCUGCCAGUACAGGGAGCCAAAGGAAAUGCCCAUCUUGGCUAGAGAGAGCCUACCCGAGCCUAACCACAAAGCACUGUACUGCCCGUGGAGGGGGCAGCUCUCCAUCCAGGGCCAGCUCUUGUGCAACAUUGCCCUAAGGACCCCGCACAGCUCCACGAUUCCAGCACAGCUUCCUCACAACCUGGACAUCAACCAUGUCAUGGGUUUGUCAGACUUGAAGAAAAAGCUUCCAGAAGCUGCUUUUGGGAAAAGAAAUUACAUUGAGAAUGAAGUUUGCUUUCAGGGCGUUUACUUCAGUCUGUACGAAGUGGAAAUAUCCAGUAAGGAUCAACAUAAAAUGGAUCAGUUAUUAGAAAAUCUAAGGAAAAGGGACUUGGCAAUCAUCAAAUAUUUACAAGAUCAAGGAGUUCUAAUCCUCCUGACAUCCUCCGCGUUGGCACGAGAUGAUGGAUUCGACCCCAAGGAGCCUGUCAGCCUCCUGGCCCUGUUUCUGUUCUCCUCGUCCCGAUCCGUGUGUCUGAGAGUGGAAGGGCAUCAUCCAAAACGUGAAAGGAAAGCUAGUGACAUCUCUUUGAAAAUAGCCUCCGUUUUGCCCGGCCUUCGCUAUGCUUUGCAGAAAGCCACCAAUUCCUCGUGGGGGGACGCGCUCGGUACCAACGUGUGCAUCAAACAGCACUUCCAGGAAUAUGCAAAGCUUGAACAAAACACACAGCAAGCCUCCAGCCAAAACACCGAAGCUCCCAGUUCUUCUUGCCUGUCACCAGCCAAGGACGAAGCUAUUAAGUCCUGCACAAGACACUCCUUGCAGCCUUUCUCCCAGCUGCAGCAUUACCUCUCCAAUCCCAGCAGCUACACUCUGGAAAUGUCGGCUGCCUUAGGAUGCUUGGCUGGUGCUGCUCAGUCUCUUUGCUGCAACUCAGAGACCUCUCGUAAAGCGGACUUCUCUUUAGCUGUACCACCAAACCCUAUCCCUCCGGACGUAAAAGGUGGAAAGUCAAAGGCUGCUGCGGGGCUGGACCAGAGCAAAGGGCCCACGAAAGAUAUUAGUCCAUCCAGCAAGCUGUGGGUGAAGCAGAACAAGAGGAAAUCCAGCGGAACCGCUGUGACAAGCACCAGGAAGAAAUGGUCGCCCCUCAAGAUGCAAAUACAUCCCGUGGGGGACAGCAGUAGGAAAAGGAAAGCGACCAAGAAGAAAGUCAACCUCACGUUCUCUUUCCCUAAAAAAACAGGGCUUGCGGCCAACUCCAACGAGCCCAUGCUUAAAUUAGCCCAUUUACAGUUUCCUCACAGAAGGAAAAGAGGUGCAGAGGUGCUGUCUGCAGAAUUUGUGCACAAAACACAGUCUGAACCUGUCCAGAAGAAAACCUCAGCUCCCAGCAGUUCUGGCUCGGAAACAAAGAGACCAAAGAUGCUGAAGAAUUCGGAUGUGAAAAAGAUUCCUGUUACUGAAACCAUCGCAAAGCCAGCGAAGAGUAAGGUGAUAAAAAGCGUGGCUAACAGGCCAGCAAAACCACACCCCAAAAAGCCAGCAGAAAGCGAGUGGAAGGAUCCAUUCUCCAUCCUCCCAAGCGAAGUUUCUCCCCAAAGCCACGCAGCAGACAGCCAGACGGGUGAGAUUUACCCCGGUGGUGUCCCUGGCCACGGUUUCAGUAUGAAGGGGAAUGACUACGAGUCCCAUGCCUUGAACUUGCUGGCAGACCUGGCUCUGGGUUCCUGUAUUCCUCCCUUCCUUCCCGUGGACGGCGGGAUGAUCGCUUUGUCCUGCAGCUCAUCCACUGACUCUGCCAAGGAGCAGCAGAGUCAUCGCAAGCACAAGUCCUCGCGCAGUGCUUCCGACCACGAAUACCACAGGGUAGACAAGCUUGCAAAGGCAGCUGUCUCAUCAAGUAAAGCAUCUCCAAACCAGAAGCUUCCCCCUGCUGGAAAAACAGAAUUAAAAGACUCAACCUUUAUUCCUGGAGAGAAAAGCCUUGGGAUUUCCAGCAAGGACAGCCAACAAACAUGCGUGCUACCUCCAAGGGAGACCACGCAGGAGGCCGCCGAGGUGAACAAACACUCCUUCAUCUCCUCCGAGCACUCCUACGCCUCGCUGAUGCCUGAGCACUCAAAGAAACACAGAAGUGUCCCCUACCCUGGGUCAGCGCUGUCCAGAAAUGGGACCAGGAGCUCCCGAGCAGGACCCCUGGUUGGGAAGGUCCUACCCUUCCGCCACCAGAACAGCACCCGCCUGCAGUGCCCCUUUGAGGCCGCGCAGGCAAGGCCCAGGAGCAGCCUGCUGCCCCCGAGGCUGAAGGAGGACUUUGCCAAGUCCCACACGGUCAGCCACUGCGGUGAGUCCAUGAAGGUGACGUGCCAGUGGGAGGCAGAGUACCUCUUCCAUUUGGACAGCAGGUACACCAAUGACGCCUUGGAAAAAACAGUCAUCCGCGCCCUGCACGGGCCCUGGGACUCAGAUCUACCCGACGACGUGGAAGAGAUGAAGCUGAUACUUCACAUGUGGGUAGCUCUGUUCUACAGCAAGCCCAGCAAGCUCCUGAGCAGCACGAGGAAGGUGGUGGAGCACAGCAACCCUAAGAAAUACGUCUCAUUAAACAGCACCGGCGACUUUUUUGAGCUGAGCGAUGACAGCGAUGGCGGCUUUGAGUUGGAGACGUGCCCUGUGGAUUCUCGAUCAGACCCCGACCAGACUCCUAGCAGCUCUCUGGAUCCCAGCACGUGCAGCCAGGACUGUUUCCACCCAGAGGAGAGCCCUGCAGACUCUCAGACUGAUGCCAAUGGGACUCCUGGUGUUGUGGAUAGUACGGUAUCGUCCUCUUCAGGGGAGGAGGAGCCUUCCUCCACGAGCUCAGAGAGCCCUUCCCUCACUGAACAUGCUGACCAGAGCAACCUGGCUGGGAAAUACGGGACUGAGGAGCAUGUGCGUGAUGUCUCAACUGUCACUGCAGUGGAACCACCCAAGGAGGAACUGAUGGAUGCAAGGGUGACCCCCAGCCCUUCUGCUGAGCUUGGUGAUGCUGGUGAGCCCCAAGCUGUGCUGAGCAGGGAAAACCCACACAGCCAAACCCUGAAUUUCAGCCCAGCUCCCCAAGAUGAUGCCAUAUGCACUCAGCAUGGAGGUGGAGAGCAGCCUGAGAGCAGGUGGGCAGCGUGGUCAGGGGGUGGCCCCAUUCCUCCCAAAGAAAGCGGAAGCAUGGAGGAUGCUGGGCACGGCACGGACAGCAGCUGGGCCACCAGCAAUGGACCACAACGUUCCUGUGAUUCGACGCCCUCAGAAGCAAGUUUCAAAACUCACUCAAACCCCACUGGACUUCGGGAAGAAGAGAGGGAAUCGCAAGACCCUAUAGGACAUACAGGAAAAGAGGAGGAAGAGGUGGAGGAGGGAAAAAGAGAGAAAGAGGACUCUGAAAACGAAAGCGCGAUCACAAGACCGGUUGGCUUAGCGUUUUCAGAAAGAGGUGACGUAGAGCUGGUGAAUUCAGCACCUCCAAAGGACUUUGGCAUUCCUGGAGAUGGCCCCGUGCCCAUCCCCACUGCCUCUGUGUUGCCCUGCGAGAAUGAAUCAAUGCCAGCGUUGUCAGGUGGGACUGGGACUGGACCUCAAGGAGUUCCUGGUGACACUGCCCUCAACCUGGGCGCACUGCAAGAGCCCUGGGGGACUGUGGCCACCCCAAGUCCAGAGACAAAUGGUGUUGGCUUGGCACACGCAGGGGGUCCUGUGUCAGCACUGCCAUUGUCCCCCGAUCUGAGCCUGGUCCGUGGGAUUACCACUACGAGCAGCUGCCCAUCUGCCAGCGGGAUGCUCAGGGAAGGUCUGGAGCAGAAAGAUGAGGAUCGUGCGCCCUCUGCAGAAACAUGGGCGCUUGCUGGGAACAAAGCUGCCUGCACAGCUGGCCCCGAGUCACUGCACGGCCAGGGACCAUUCCUAACCCUGUCCCCUGACUCCAGCUCUGUCUGCUUUGAUGGAGGAACAGGUGUGGGGGCUGCUCCGGAGGACCGGGUGGCCACGGCACUCCUCCAGACUCCACCCAGGAGUGGUCCAGGAGGGAGCCUUUCCCCAAGGUGUGGAGGUGAUGCUAGUGCUGAGCUCACAUUGCCGAGCACCGGUGAGUCACACCAAGACCAGAAGGAGGUUUUGGAGGAAGGACAGUGUGGCAGUCCUUAUGCCGACCACAUAAAUGUGCUGGAUGAGCCCUCGGGGGCAUGUGAUGGCCAGGGCUUUGCCUUCAGCUGUGCAGCCUGGGCAGGGGGCUCUGGCACUGAAGUGAGCACUGAUGUGCACCUCGGUGCAGAGAAGCCCCCUAAAAGCGAUGAAGUGGACACAGCUGAGGCACCACAGGAGCUGAAGACCUCUCUUUGUGACCUGUUAGAAUCAGAUUCUUCCUCCUGGAUGAGAGAGGGGGAGUCUGCAGGUGAUAUACCACCUCUCACUGUGGCCCAGCACCAGCAGAGCUCUCCAGACAGCCCAUCCCUACCUUCCCCCCAUCAAGACCCUUCUCCCCACGGUACAGCUGCAGAACUCCAUUGCUGCUUAUUGGAGCGAAGUGAGCAGGAACCAGACCUGUGCCCACAUGGAAAGCCCUGCAAGAAAGCGGCUGCUACAGGGCUGAGUGUAGCUCCUGAGAACCCAGCACUGGAUGGCUCCUUGAAGCCUGGAUGUGCAGAAGGAGUGAAGAAGGACUUGGGGCUGUGCCAUGCAGAGCCUGCAGAGAGCUCUCCCCUGCGUUUGCUCACACCUGGAGAACCAGGAUCGAGGCCUUGUUCUCCGCAUGGCCACGAGACUGAGCCAGACCCAGUCUUUGGCAUGGACCCCAAACUGAGUCCAACUCGUGCUCCAGAUUCUGCCCCGAGCUGUGGCUGCAUGGGACAGCUGCCACCAGAUGCCAACCACAGGUGUGCCUGCCCCGGGAGCCCUGAGGAGUGCGAGGGAGGAAGCAGCAUCGCUCCUGCCAGCCCCGCAUCAUUUGGAGCAGGGCAGUUGUUCAUGCCCACGGGAAACCCUAGCUCCUUGUGUAGCCAGGGUGAGCCCGCUGCAUUGGCCGAUCCGCACUGUGUUGACGCAGAGUUGGAAGAGGGAGAAAUCCCUGUUCUCCCAAUCCCAGCGUCGCUGCUCUGUGCAGACUCUGGAGAGAGCUUAGGGCUUAGCGACACUGGGGACAUUUUGGACGCUCUCCUGAAGGCAAAACGCUUCCCCAGCACAGGAAAAGACGUGGGUUUGAGCUCAGAAGAUCCAUCCUACAGGUCCUCCUCCAGCGACUCAGACUGGGAGAAACACUUGGGACGCACUGCCCACCCCCUUCUUUCACCCAGGGGUUGCCACUGCUUGAGGUCCGUGGGUGCCGCAAGGACCGACUGCGAUUCCUCAUCCUCCGUGAGCUCGGGGUGCUCGGAGGGAUGCAGCGAGGAGUGGGGAUCCCCGAGGGCUGAGGAGGGCUGCUGGUGGCCCGCUGGCUCAUGGAAUGCCAGCAGCAGGCACGUGCCGCCGUACGUCAAUAUCACGGACAGCCGGGGGAUCUCCAGGGAUUACCUGAACUUCACGGUCACCACAAAAUGCCUGGGCAGGAUGGGAAGCUCGCAGCCUUCGGGCAGACCCAGCACCGGUACGGGGCAGGCUCAUUCGCUGGAGUCACCGAUGGGGACGUGGAAGGGUUUUGAGGAAAUCACCCAGCACACUUUGGACAUGGAGCACCUCCGUUUCCAUUUUAAGCUAAAACAGAUCCUGAGGAGUGGGACGCCACCCCUUUCUACCUCCUGUAGCAUUUUUCCUAGAGACUGCUCUCCCCAGGCAUCGUCUGUGCGAGGAGCCCCUGCCCCUCACUCCCUGCGGAGCAGGAGCCCUUUGCAGGUGACGAUCCUGCCCUCGGACACGUGGCCGCGUGGCCUCAGGACCCACCAGCGUCGCAGCCACCACAGGGACCCGUCCCAUUGCCCCCCGUCAUGGGACACCCGCUGGUGGCAGAGGAGCAGAGCCAGCUCCCCAAACCAGGGCUGCGCGGCUCCUUUCCAUCUCAACAAGCUCAAAUAUGAGAAUGAACUGAAGGACUCACGUGGGGACAUCUCGGUGAUCCUCGACGAGUACGCGGAGUUCAAUAGGGUGAUGCUGAGCAGGCUCGACACGGGGGGUGAGGGCAGAGGGAAGGGUUUGGCUCACGGGGAGGCCACCAGCGUGUCCCCCCCCAGGAGGACAGCUGCCUUCCAGGACGUGAUCGCGGAGCUGUGCAGCACGCUGCAGUUCCGCCUGCGCAGCGUGGCCGAGGAGGCGUGCAGGCAGCCCGGGAUGUUCUACCUGGUGGAGACGGGAGAGGAACCCUUCUUUGCAAGAGUGAAGGCAUUGCUGAAGAAAGAUGGCCACGUGGAGAUCGAACCUCUGAGCUUCUGCAAAACGAAACACCGGGACACCAAGUGGCUGCUCGUCGUCAUCAGGAACGAGGACAUCUCCUCACACAUCCACAAGGUCCCCUGUUUGCUGAGGCUGAAGCACUGUCCCAACGUGGUGUUUGCCGGAGUGGACAGCCCCGAAGACAUAACGGGUCAGACGUACCAGGAGCUGUUCCACACCGGUGGCUUCGUGGUGUCGGACGAUGAGGUGCUGGAAACGGUGACGUUGGGGCAACUGAAAGAGGUGGUGAAGAUACUGGAGAAGCUGAACGGAAGCGGGAGGUGGAAGUGGCUCCUCCACUACAAGGAGAGCAAAAAGCUCCGAGAAAACGUCAGGGUGGACGCCAACGCCCAGAGGAAGAACUUGAUCCUGAAGUCGUGCCAAGACCUCGUCGAGGUGCUGCACUACCACGCGUGCGACUCCAGCUCGUCCCCCGUAUCCGAGCACGUGAAGUGUUUGUUGAACCUGCAGGUCCAGCACGUCGGCGCCAGGUUUGCGGUGUAUCUGACAGAGAAGCCCAGCGUCAGCAGAGAGCUCUUCGAAAGCAAAGGGAUCCUCGUGGCCGACAUCAGCACCUUCCUGGGGAUGGCACAGAAAGUGGCUGCUCCGUGGAGGAGAAGCUGCUGGUAAGAGGGAGCUUGGGCUCGACCCAGCAGGCAGCAGAUGGAGGCACAGGAAUGGGAUGAACAGCACCAGGAGCAGCUCCUGGGGAGCUAGCAGGGAGCUGGCACACAGCAAUAGCUCGUGUCACCUCUCUGUCUUGCAGGUGACAAAGCUGAGCUAUGGGGCAGCUCCUCUCCGGGCCCUACAGCGCUGCUUGGGGUCUUCCAGUCCUCCCUAGGACAGCCCCAGAGUACACAGCAAGGGGAAGGUCGGCUUCGGUUCUGUAUAUAGGAAUUAUUUAAAGAUGGCUCAUGCAAAUCCUCUCAGGAGGAGCCUGGGGGGGGGGGGGGGGGAGGGGAGGGUGUGCUUCCUGCCGUCGAGUUGGGCAUAGGACGGAGGUUAUUUUGAUGUUACACUUCUUAAGUUAUUGCGGUGGUUUGAAGCAGUUAGCACAGCUGACAGUGAAAGAAAUAGGAAAAGGAGAAGCGGUUUACUUGAGGGGUACAAGCAAUACUAUCAGCUCUGGCUUUCCAGAUGACUGUUACUGUACACAAAGCAUGGGUUGGAUGCUGGGGGGGGGGGGGGUGUAUUUCAAAGGCCAUUUGGGGACCAGGGAAGCAGAAAUCCACUCUACACUACAUUGCGAGUCGCCCACGUUGCCUCUGGGUUCCAUUUCAUCGGGGGGAUGCGAGUGUUCUCCAGCAGAGGGAAGCCCUGGAAAGGCUGGAGCAGAACCUCUUAUUUAUAGUAGCCCACACUCAUGCACCAUGAAGAACACAGCACUAAGGACCUUUGUAAGAUACCCUGUCUUCACGUGGAGAACGUUUGUCCUUCGUGUUGUGUUGCUGUUGUUGUUGUUGUUGUUUUUUAAUGAAAUGACAUCAACUGUACAGGAUAACUUUGUAUAUAGUUUGACUAAUAAAACCCUGAAAGCUUUCA